ACCUGAGAGAAAUAUCCGACGGAUUUUGAAGAUCAAGUGACAUUCAAUGGAUUACUCUUGGGUUUUAUAUCUGGCCGAAAACUUACUUAUGACCUAAUUUUUUCCACUUUUCAUCACAUGUGUAACAGCUAUUUAGUUUAAAACACCAUUGCAAAGCUGUAGGAAGGUUAUUAAAAAAUAGGGCGGUAUUAUCAGUAGUAAUACCCCAAGACCUUAAAAGUGACUGGGUAUUUCCCGAAAACUUCGUGAUUGAUCAUUCAUAUGGAUAUAUCAGGUUCCGCAAGUUGAAAAAAUUUCGAGAUAACGUGAUAUUGUUGUUUUUAUACAUAAACGGUAGAGGGAAAUAUUUGAUUUAUUUUUAAGUCGAAAGGUUGUUUGUCAUCAUUUUUUGUUUUAAUUAGAAUCUCGGUCAAGAGAAUGUCUGCGACUAUUUUCUUGAUUGCCAAUGAUGAUGGGAAACAUCCGACAAAUUUAUUCUGCUGGUUAAUUUUCUACGAGAAAAGAUAAUUGUGAAACAUCCAGGCAAUAUUUCUCCAUGUUUUUUAUCAUUCAGCUGUUGAGAUGUCGAACAGAAUAAUACGAUAAUGAAACAUAAAAUAACUCUCUACGGCUGCUCUGAAAUUACUCAUCACACUACCGCAUCUUCUCACCACGAUUUUUGUACAGGACAGUAAGUUUCUUUGGAGGUUUCCGAAAAUCGUUGGUCCAGCAGAAUCCUUUAUUCUACGGUAGGCGUAGAGUUUCAGGAUUUCCAGGACUUCGAUGCCAAUUAUUGGUAUUUUUGUAUCUGGAAUCUCGAGUUGGAGUCUUUGCAUAAAAACACCAUUUGAUUCUUUAAAAUAAGUUUAGCAGACAAGAAACUACAAAGAUUGUUAGAAAAAAUAGGUUGAGGAGUUGUAACGGAAUUUUCCACCUGGGACUGGAAAACCACGUUAACUCGCCCAUUUCCCCUAGACUGAGAAAACUCGAAAAAAAAAAGUUAUCGACGGGCGCCAGCCGUCCUUUGACCUCGGAGACGACAAACCGGAUAAACGAACCUCAAACGAAAUACAAAACGAAGGAACGAGAAAAUAACCAUUAAUCCGGGGGGUCCAACUUCAUUAUUGGGGAUGUCAAAAGUGUUUCCACAGCGCUAUACCCAGCAAAACGGACUGAUUCGGAACUACUCUAAGGCGAAAUAGCCAACGUCACGUCCUAGUUUGUAACCACCUUCACUUUAAAACAAAGUGAACUUAAUUUUACUCAUAAAAAUGACUAUAAAUGUUUAUAAAAAAAAUGCUCGAAGAGUCUGCUGUGUGCCAAACUGUAGAAUUAAAGAUAAAUCAAAUUUGAGCUUUCACAAUUUCCCAUCCGAUGCGGCCUUGCGGAACAAGUGGAUGGAGGUAUUGAAAAUCGACAGGCCUCAUGACCGAGAAAUGAGAGUUUGCAGUUUGCAUUUUUCUGCAGAUAACUUUACGAAACGAGCUAUGCGCGAAGGUUGUCAACCUCCUAGGAAGAAGUUGAAAACUGGUGUCAUACCAUGUUUUCAUCAACCAACAGAGAAGUCAUCAGGGUUUACUGAAGACCGAGUUCGAUCUAAUUGUGAAAUACAUACAGAUGAUAACCCAGAAAGUGUUCCACCGUUGACACAAGAAGCCAGUGUUGUCGGCGGAUAUGUUUCCACUCGAUGUAAUGCAUGUGUUCAAGUGGAUAUUCAACCCGUUAAAUUUGAUGCGGAGGUUCAAGUCUGUAAUCCAAGUCGUGAUGUAGCGGUACAAGUACAAUUCGAUAAGUUGGAUGUUGCGGUCCAAACGGUUAUUCCACAAACACGAGUUGACAAGAAGAUACAAACUGAUCGUUCAGUGGUUGAUGAAGUUAUUGGGAACGAGGAGCAACUAAAGGCAUUCACUGGUCUGCAUUCGUUUGCCUUGUUGACGUCUCUCAUCAUCUGUGUUAGAGAAUUGAAGAAGAGAAUGGGAGAAAAUUUGAAUGAUCGCCUCGAUAUAAGAUAGAAAAUCCUGUUAGUAUUUAUCAAAUUGAAAUGGAAUUUGUCAUAUGUUGCAUUGUCUGCAAUAUUCAAAAUUUCAAAGCUGUAAAAAUUAUUUUCAAGCUACUCUGGAAAAUUUAGCAGAUGUUUUAAUAACAGUCAUGAGGUGGCCAACUAAGGAGGAAAUAUUGGACAAUGUGCCAAAGUGCUUCCAAAAAUACUCUUCUACUAGGGUAGUUGUUGAUUGUACAGAGAUCCCCAUAGAAAAAUCGAAAUAUUUAAAAUGUCGUUUUAUGACCUAUUCACAUUGUAAAGGGAUUUAUACCGUUAAAUUCAUGAUCGGAAUUGCACCUUCAGGACUUAGAUCAUAUAUGAGUAAAUCAUUCGGCGGACGAGUAUCUGACAAACAAAUUUUUUCUAAAUCAGGAAUUUUAGAAUUGAUGACUCCUGGCAUUGAUAGUGUUAUGGCCGAUAAGGGAUUCUUAAUUGAUGUGGAAUGUGCUCGGUAUGCAAUUACGACCACCAUUUAAAAAAAAAAAGCAAUUCAGCAAGGCAGAAGCAUUAGCGACUGCACGAAUAGCAGCUGCACGUGUCCAUGUGGAAAGGGCUAUUCAAAGAGUAAAAGUUUUCAAAAUAAUGCAAGGGAUUCUCCCCCACUAUUUAGUUAAGAUGUCUGGUAAGAUAAUGACGAUAAUUUGCGGAAUAACAAAUCUGAGCAGCCCAAUUCUUGCGGAAGAUAAGUUUUAAUUAGCUAUGUUGUCAAUAGAAUGUUUCAUUUUGCCUCGAUUUCCCCUUUCUAACAGCAACAUGUUCAUCAUUUUAAACAUUUAUCUAUAUAGAAUUAAAGAGGCAAUAAAAAUAUUUCUAGAAGAUGACCCAUUGUUUAUUGAAUUGAAAAAGAAAAAAAAACAUGCUAUCAGAAAUUAUGCACACUCAAUACGACCCAUCAAUUGCUCAUAACAACAUACGUUUGUUUCGAGUAAUAGUAACUGACAUGCAAAUAACAUGAUAAUGUAUAUGACAAUUCACUUGAAAUGCUUAAUUAAUUCUGGUAAGACAUGACAAAAGUAAAUUUGCUUCAAUUUUCGACACAAUACUUGAGCAUACUCCUCAUUAAACGGAAUUUGCAAAACAAGGCCAGUAUCGUUAAAUGAACUGCAGAUAACAAAUUCACAUUGAGGUAAAUUUAGAAGAAACAUGCCAAGCUGAAUUUGUGCAAAAUAUUUAUGAUUUGCCUUCAAGUAAAUUUUUCCUGUCUCGGUAACACGAAUAUAAUUUAAUUUCUUCGACGAUACGACAUCCGUGGCUGACUUGUGCUUUCCUUCUUGAGGACAUUUGAUCUCUAGCAAACAAUUAUCGCUAAGAACCACACCGUCAGCGCUAUACAACCACGGCAUGCUGGGAUGAAUGAAAAGCCCUAAUGUUUGUACGUCUUUCUUUGUUUUUUUCUCGUAUUCCUCACGACAUUUUGGUUCAGUUAGUGUACCGUGACGCAUAGCUGGAGUCGCCUUAAAUGACGAGAAUAAAAGAUUAUUAAUUUUCUUUGGCCAA